AUGGCCUGGUCACAGUCAUUCAUUUUCUUGCUUGCUACUUCCAGCAUCGCUAGCGUUCAGGCUGGACCUUGCAAGCCUCGUCGCUCGCCGACUUAUACUGUACCACCUUACACUGUGCCUACAUACCCUGUUCCCCAGUCUUCUACUACCAAGACUGGAACUCUCGUUUCUUCAACUACCACUGGUAGUUCUACUAGUUCCCAUGGUCCAACUUUGGACUCGAGUACUACGUCUUCCACUCAUUCCAAGACCUCUACUACUGAGCCUACUAUCUCUAUCAGUACUGAAGAGCCUUCAACUACCUCUCAUGGAUCCUCCAUGAGCACCACAGCUACAGCAUGUAGCACCUCUUCCAUUCCUUCUGUAUACUCUGUCACUACAACAACCAACAGCCACAUCACAACCUCCAAAAUCAGCACAGAAACAUCCAAGGACACAAGCACCGCUAUGGAAACCUCUACCACAACAGAGGGCAACAAUUCCACUCUUUCAACAACUACUAGUGCUGCUGACACAACCUAUCCAACUUAUUCAUUCUCUACAACUUCUGGGGCUUCGUCCACAUCACAUACAGAAGCCAAAACUUCUGGGACUACGAGCGUGGCCACCGCUUCAUCCACUACAGAAUUUGAAUCUACAAAGGAAUCGACUUCCUCAAACUCUCACAGCAGCUCAUCUUCAAUGAGCACCACUGUCACACACGACACUACAACUUCUUCAAGCACUACCUCCGAGACAUCCCAAGCCUCCUCAGCUACAAGUGAGGGUUCUUCCACUACAGAGAGCUCAUCUACAUAUGAGACAGCAGAAUCUUCGGGGACUACUUCACCUUGCUCAACUUCUGAUGCCUCAACGUCGUCUGAAAGCUCUACAGCCCCUACUAGUGAGACCACCACUUCCGAAUCUUCGGUUACCUCAAAGACAUCAACUUCUACACCCUUCACGACCUCAAUAGUGUCUUCCGAGACGUCUUCUACUUGGACAUCAAGUGAGACUAGCACUUCUGCUACUUCAACCUCUGAGUCUUCAGGUUCAACAACAUCUGAAGCUUCCUCCUCCACUCCAUGCGAGACUUCUUCAUCUACCGUCUCUAGUACUACAACACCUUGCGAAAGUACUACAACGUCUGAUUCAUCUACCACAUCCCAUGAGUCAUCUACAUCGUCACCAUGCUCAACUUCCACGAUUAGCUCCGAGUCUUCUUCAAGUUCAUCAAAAUCUUCAUCUUCCACUACUCCGUGCACCACCUCAAUCCCUACAACAUUCUCAAGCACAACCUCAACCAAGUGCUCGACAACCACAUCUCCUCCCCCACGACCAACUUGCUUCCGCUACACUAUUCGCAAAGAUCCACCUCAGGCUGCUGACUGCGGCCACACCGGUCAUCGCAACGGCAAGAAGGCCAAUGUCCUUGGGUACGGCGACUCAGAUAGCGUGGAGACGUGUGGAGAGAGCUGUGCCAAGUUUGAUGGAUGUAAAUCUGUCGUUUACGGUUACAGAGAGCAUGACUUGAACCAGCCUUUCUGUGAAUUCGUGGAUGCAGUUCAAGGGCGGGAUGACGAGGAUGAUACCCCUUGGCAGUUCUAUGACUUGUCUUGUUUCAGCCCGGACUGUCUCUCACCAUAUGAGUGUGGGUAUUAG